AACUGAUCUUUAUGCUCAUUCCCCUUUUUAUUUGUCCGCUGAAUUGCUAAUGUCCCAUUUCGAUUCAAAAGCUUGCGAGCAGCAAGAUCGUCGAACGUCUUCAAACUUUCAAUGGCCCUCUCCUACUCAAACUCCUCUACUAUACAGUGAUAUUUCAAUCAAAGAUAUUCUGGAUACCUAUCAACAUGACGUGGAGCUAUUAAAGGUCAUAUUACUAGCGAAAGCAGAGGAAGACAAGAAACGAACGGCUGAAGAGAAUUGUAAAGCCGAGGAAGCUCGAUUAAGAUCUAAAACGAUAGAACUGGAGUUACUACGAGAAUCCAAAGCACCCAACAGUGCAGGUGUUCACUUCACACACCCAAGCGAUCCUCAAUUACCAGCCAUACCAGACGAUAGACAUGCAUCACCAAUGUCUUUGUUAUCCGAUCGCUUCGUCCCAACCUCCACAGGGUCUCCUAAUAGCUUCACUUAUGCUGAACCUUUCGGUACCUUAUUUUCAUCCUUACCCAAUUCAUCGCCUGAGCAUACACCUCAACUGUCUACGAAAAAAGAUCAUUUUUCUGAGUCUGACAAGCACAUGGACUUCUUUCGAGAUCCAUCCAAUUAUAAACAUCAAGUCGAUUCCGACGGCUUGGACUUUGGAAAUCCCCUUUCGCCAUCUUCACGGAUACCAUCGCAUUAUGAAUCAAGGCAAACGCAUAAGCGCUCUCAUUCCAUGGCCAGCAGUUUGUCCUUGAUGGGACCAUCCUCUGAUAUAGACCCUGAAAACGUUCCACAUGAGCAAGUCAUGGAAGCAUUAAGAGCAAAAAUUCAACGAACGAGGAAUCAAGCUGGACCAUCCACUGUAAGGCAUCAACCACCCUUACGGCAUCGGAGGUCACAUAGUGCUGCUGUUCAACGAUCAAAAGGCGAGGGUUCUUCGAGGUCACCUUCCACCGACUCCUUAUCCAUUCCAGGCGAAUUAUCCACUUCCCCACAUGACUCAGGUGCUCUUAUAGAAACCGAAGUUUCACAGGAGUCAAUAGUAACCUCAUCAUUAAAGCCCGUACAAGAAAUCGAUGCGGCUAUAACGAAUGUAAAAUAUGAUACCAAUUCACAGGAUGAACAGACUGGCGACCGAUGACAAGGGAGAGGGGGAUAAUAAUAAGCCAAACAGUAGUUCUGUGUCACAAGUAAAGCGGAUCUCAAACUGUUCUCAACCAGGUUUGAUCAAAGCAUGCUUCCGCGGCCGGGACUAAAAUGGUAAUUGUGCCCUUGCAACCAAAACGCCAGUCAUUAUUCCAAAGCAAAACAUGUACAGU